AUUGGAACAAUAUCACGUAAUAAUUGGGAUUCGAUUAUUUAAUAUUUUUGUAUAAAAACAGCGGAAAUUAAAUUAGGGUAUGUUAGUUGAACAUUUGAUCACCUUACAAAAUGAAAUUCUUUGUUGCUUUGGUUGCCUUUAGCGCUGCUAUUGUUUUGGCUACAGCUGCACCAAACCCAGACCCAAACCCAAACCUCGUUUCAAUAUUAUCUCCUCAGUACUCUUGGCCAGCUGGUCCUGUAGUCUAUGGUGGCGGUGGAUCUCAUAUAGCAGGAUAUGCUACUGGAAAUGGAGGACUUGCUCCCGGUCUUAAUGAUCAACUUCUUUCAUUAAAUGUCCCUGGACUUCUUGGAGGAAGACUCCUCAAUACUGGUGCUAUUCUUGGAUACAACAACCCCGGCUACCCAGUUGUAUGGCAUUAGAUAAAAAAAAAACAAAAUUUUCAAAAUAAAUUUGAAAGAAAGAAGCUUGACUUCUUAAAACCAA